AUGGCGUUCACCAUGCGCGCCGUGAAGGUUCCGCCGAACUCGGCGUCGAUGGGGGAGGCGCGGCACCGCGUGUUCGACUUCUUCAGGGAGGCCUGCCGCGCCAUCCCCUCCAUCAUGGAGAUCUACAACCUCGACGACGUCGUGACCCCCGCCCAGCUCCGCGCCAGCAUCUCCCAGCAGAUCCGGAAGAACCAGGGCGUCUCCGACCCCAAGGUCAUUGAUAUGCUUCUCUUCAACGGGAUGGAGGAGCUGAACAACAUCACCGAGCACGCGAAGCAGCGCCACCACAUCAUCGGGCAAUAUGUGGUUGGCCACAAGGGGCUGGUGCAGGACCUGGAAAAGGACCAAGGGAGCUCCGAGUUCCUGAAGAAAUUCUACACCAGCAACUACUAG